UCCUGCGAGAGCAGCGGGGGCCGCGGAGCUGGAGCUGGAGCUGGAUCCCGAGCCGGGGCCGGGGCGGGAGUCGGGGUCGGGGCCGGGCCGGAGCGGGCUCCAACGAUAUGGGGUCGGCCGACUCCAAGCUGAAUUUCCGAAAGGCGGUGAUCCAGCUCACCACCAAGACGCAGCCCGUGGAAGCCACCGAUGACGCCUUUUGGGACCAGUUCUGGGCGGACACGGCCACCUCGGUGCAGGAUGUCUUUGCGCUGGUGCCGGCGGCGGAGAUCCGGGCCGUGCGGGAGGAGUCGCCCUCCAACCUGGCCACUCUGUGCUACAAGGCUGUGGAGAAGCUGGUGCAGGGAGCCGAGAGCGGCUGCCAUUCGGAGAAGGAGAAGCAGAUUGUCCUGAACUGCAGCCGGCUUCUCACGCGCGUGCUGCCCUACAUCUUUGAGGACCCGGACUGGAGGGGCUUCUUCUGGUCCACGGUGCCCGGGGCAGGGCGAGGAGAGGUCUGUGCCAGGCAGGGCCUGGUCGGGCGGGGCUGGGUGGGCAGUGGAGCUGUGACAGGGCGGGAACCUGGUCCAGGGCAAGAACCAGGGCCGGCCACCCUCCUCCAGGCCUCUCUGGGCUUGAGGGAGUGUGGGGCGGGGAGAGUGGGGCUCGAUUCCUUUUCCCUGGGCCCUAGUGCCUCUCCCACAUGCUCUCUGCUCGAUACUGUCUGGACUGAGCUGCUGAAGCUGGUGCAGAGGUGCUUCUCUGAGGCCAUGUACCUGCCUCCGGCUCCUGACAGUGGCAGCACCAACCCGUGGGUGCAGUUCUUCUGUUCCACAGAGAACAGACACGCCCUGCCCCUCUUCACCUCCCUGCUCAACACCGUGUGUGCCUAUGACCCUGUGGGCUACGGGAUCCCCUACAACCACCUGCUCUUCUCCGACUCCCGGGAGCCCCUGGUGGAGGAGGCCGCUCAGGUGCUCAUUGUCACCUUGGACCACGACAGCGCCUCCAGUGCCAGCCCCACCGUGGACGGCACCACCACCGGCACGGCCAUGGACGACGUCGACCCUCCAGGGCCCGAGAACCUGUUUGUGAACUACCUGUCCCGCAUCCAUCGCGAGGAGGACUUCCAGUUCAUCCUCAAGGGCAUAGCCCGGCUGCUGUCCAACCCCCUGCUCCAGACCUACCUGCCCAACUCCACCAAGAAGAUCCAGUUCCACCAGGAGCUGCUGGUCCUCUUCUGGAAGCUCUGCGACUUCAACAAGAAAUUCCUCUUCUUUGUGCUGAAGAGCAGCGAUGUGCUGGACAUCCUGGUCCCCAUCCUCUACUUCCUCAACGAUGCGCGAGCAGAUCAGUCUCGGGUGGGCCUGAUGCACAUUGGUGUCUUCAUCUUGCUGCUCCUGAGCGGGGAGCGGAACUUCGGGGUGCGGCUGAAUAAGCCCUACUCAGUGCGCGUGCCCAUGGACAUUCCGGUCUUCACGGGGACCCAUGCGGACCUGCUCAUUGUGGUAUUCCAUAAGAUCAUCACCAGUGGGCACCAGCGGCUGCAGCCCCUCUUCGAUUGCCUGCUCACCAUCGUGGUGAACGUGUCCCCCUACCUCAAGAGCCUGUCCAUGGUGGCGGCCAACAAGCUGCUGCACCUGCUGGAGGCCUUCUCCACCACCUGGUUCCUCUUCUCGGCCGCCCAGAACCACCACCUGGUCUUCUUCCUGCUGGAGGUCUUCAACAACAUCAUCCAGUAUCAGUUCGACGGCAACUCCAACCUGGUCUAUGCCAUCAUCCGGAAGCGCAGCGUCUUCCACCAGCUGGCCAACCUGCCCACUGACCCGCCCGCCAUCCACAAGGCCCUGCAGCGGCGCCGGAAAGCGCCCGAGCCCUUGUCCCGCACCAGCUCCCAGGAGGGCGCCUCCAUGGAGGGCUCCCGCCCGGCCGCCCCCGCCGAGCCCGGCACCCUCAAGACCAGCCUGGUGGCCACCCCAGGCAUUGACAAGCUGACGGAGAAGUCCCAGGUGUCCCAGGAUGGCACCUUGCGGUCCCUGGAGCCUGCGCCCCCCCAGAGCUCCGCGGACGGCAGUCCAGCUGAGGAGGAGCCCAGCCAGACGUGGCGGGAGCAGCGGCGACUGUCCAGCGCGUCAGCCAGUGGCCAGUGGAGCCCCACGUCGGAGUGGGUCCUCUCCUGGAAGGCGAAGCUGCCGCUGCAGACCAUCAUGCGGCUGCUGCAGGUGCUGGUGCCCCAGGUGGAGAAGAUCUGCAUUGACAAGGGCCUGACGGACGAGUCGGAGAUCCUGCGGUUCCUGCAGCAUGGCACCCUGGUGGGGCUGCUGCCCGUGCCCCACCCCAUCCUCAUCCGGAAGUACCAGGCCAACUCGGGCACGGCCAUGUGGUUCCGCACCUACAUGUGGGGCGUCAUCUACCUGAGGAAUGUGGACCCGCCUGUCUGGUAUGACACCGACGUGAAGCUGUUUGAGAUCCAGCGGGUGUGAGGAUGGAAAUCUACAAGGAACAGGGGCCGGGAGAGGGUGGGGGGCCCCGGUCCCCCCAUCCUCCUCCCCACACCUUGACCCACUGACCGUUCUGAGCUUUAACUUACUAUGAUCAGGGCUGGGGCUGGCAGAGUCACCGAGCCCUGGGUGGCAGCUCCCAGAGGCCCCUAUGGCUGGGAUGCUGGGGAUCGGCUCUGACCUUCCCCGACCCCCCCCCCCCCCCACUCCUGGAGCAUCCUGUCUCCCUGGCCAGAGCCCCACCUCCCUCUGCUCCCCCUCAAGGCCUGUCUCUAAGCUGACCCUCGGUGCCCGCCCAGCUCCCUGCCGCUCACUGAGGCCUCCUGUGCCCUAUGUGUUGCCUAAAAGGGAGCCGUGGGCUGUUUCUUGGGGCAUCUGGGCAGUGAGGGGGCCUUACCUCCUACCGGAAGCCACCUGUGCGGCCUGGCUCGCUGCCAGGGCCUGAGGGAGGAGGGUGUGUGUCCUGGGGGCUUGAGGAGGCUGGGGGCUGGCUGGCUGGCUGCAAAAGCCAGGUUGGGGGACCCCAUGCAUUUUAGGGGUUUGUCAUGGGGUGUCGAGGGUAUCCUGCUAUAUUCUUCCUGGUCAGUGGAUACAGCCUGGCCCCAUCUUAUAUCCAGUAAUGGGGGCAAAGGGAACGAGGAGGGGGCAGCUGUUCAGUCCCCCCACCCCCACCCACUGCCUGGAGGACCUGUGGGGGGGCAGGACGCCACCCCUCCGGCCUCCCCUCCGGCCUCCAGGCUCUGGCCUCCGGCCUCCCUCACCCCUCCUGUGUCAGUACAAUCUCUGCUGUGUACAAUCGGCCACUUUACACAAUAAACCGCUGUCCACGCCCUGGCUCUCUGUGCUCGGAGGGGAGCUGAGGAUUCUGCCUCCCAGAGUCAAUCCCCAGGGGCCUAUGCACCUGCUGG